AUGGCCGCCGCGCAGGUCCACGCCGCGAUCGCCGCGCUCUACGGCGCGGACCCCGUCGCGCAGAAGAACGCGAACGACUUCCUCGUCGCGUUCGCGCUCACGAACGACGCGUGGGAGGUGUCCAUCGCGCUUACGCGAUCGGACGACCCGUCCGUGCAGUACUUCGGCGCCAACAUGCUCCACGGCAAGGUCAAGUCCGACUUCGCGUCGCUGCCCGCGACGCACCGCGCGUCGUUCGCGACCGCGGUCGCCGCGCGUCUCGACGACCUCGCGUCGCGCGGCCCCGCGAGCGCGCUCGCGGCGAGGCGAAUGUGCCUCGCGCUCGCGUGCGCGUCGACGCGCGCGGGCGCGGAAGCCGCGACGGCGACGACGAACCGCGCGAUGGCGCUCGCGUCGUGCGCGAGCGCGGACGCGUCGAAGAUGACGCUCGCGCUGGAGAUCGCGGCGGCGAUCGCGGAGGAGACCCGCGAGCUCGACCGCGCGACGCGCGUGGAGUGCGUGUGCGCGCUCGUGCCGAGGAUCGUGGAGGUGUUGGGGCUGUCGGAGAGGAUUCUAGACGCGGCGGCGCGCGACGCGUCGCUCGCGGGGCUGCGGGGCGCCGCGCUGCGUGCCGCGCUCGCGUGGCUGCGCUUGGACGAGGACAACGUCGGCGGGUGCGCGCUGUCGCCCGGACAGCUGUCGAGGUGCCGCGCGGGGUUGCUCAGAGGCGCCGUCGACGCGCUGCGGGUGGACGUCGCGUCGGACGCCGCCGUCGAAUUUCUCUCGGCGGUGCUCUCGCCCGGCGCGGUCGGCGACGACGCGCUGGACGAAUCGAACGCGCUUCGGGCCAUCAUCGGCGGGCUCUGCGCGCAGAGGGACGCGAUGAUGGCGGGAGAGGAGGGCGAGGACCUCGCGCGCGCGGUCUGCCGCGUCGCCGUCGCCGUGAGCGAGAAGGACGCCGGCGCGCUCGCGCGCCCGGACGCGCCGGCGGAGUGUCUGAACCUCACCGACCUCGUCCUGUGCGCCGCGGAGGCGCACGCGCGCCCGGUGAUGGAGGCCGCGGCGGAUUACUUCCUCAUGCUGAACACCGUGAGCGUCUCGAGCCGGCAUCCGUCGCUAGGGGAGCCGCUGUUCAAGCGCCUCGUCGGCGCGUGCGUUCGACGCGCGACGCUGCCCGCGGAUUUCACGACGUGGGACGCAGCGGAGGAGGACGAGGACACGUUCGGUCGGUUCCGCGAGCAAAUCCUCGCGGACGUGCUCGAUAACUGCUACGGCAUGAUACGGUCGCGGUGUCUGCUCGAGAUCGGCGGCGCGCUGGCGAGCGCGCGGUCGUGGCAGGACGCGGAGGCGGCGGUGUUCGCCGCGAGGGCGGUGGCGGCGCCGCUGAGGUGCGUUCUAUACACUGGUUCCCAUACGACCGCGUUCGCGUGGUGA